AUGACAACAAUUGUAUAAAAACAAACGCAAACAUCAGAUUAAAAUGAAUAAAACAAUAAUAAAAUAAAAGUUUAAUCAAAUUAAAAAUAAAUUCCCUUUAAGAAUGGAACAUUAUAUUCAUAGACUCCUUAUUCUACUGUAUAUUAAUCAUUUGAUUUAAAUACAGGAAAGCAAUAUUUAGUGAAAUCUCUAAAAUUAACUCCUACUUAAAAUAGCAUAAAUUAAAAAAUGAUUUAUAAAUCAAUUGAAAAACAGUUUGCUUAAUUAAGGAAAUUGAGGAAUAGAAACUUAGUUAAAUAUAUAAAUUCCUAAAUAAAUUAUAGCAGUUAAUAAAUAUAAAUAAUUUAUGAGUUUGUACCUGGUGGUUCUAUAAGUCAUAUGAUCAAGAAAUUCGGUCCUUUUAAUGAAAAAAUAAUUUCUAAAUAUGUUGGAUAAAUAUUAUAAGGUUUAGAAUACUUACAUAAAAAUAAUAUUAUUCAUAAAGAAAUAAAAGGAAGUAAUGCAUUAAUUGAUACUGAUGGUACAAUAAAGUUAACUAAUUUUGGAAUUCAGAAAAAUUUAUUCUUAAAUAAAUAAAAUAAUGAAUAAUUAUAUAAUAAAUCGCCAGAAUAAUAUGAAAAGUAAUAAUUUAAUACGAAGACUGAUGUUUGGGAUGUUGGUUGUUUAGUUAUAUAAAUGUUGACAGGAGUUUCUCCUUUUAGAAAUUUAUAAAAAAUAUAAAUUCCAGAUAAAAUUAGUGUAGAUUGUUAAGAAUUUUUGUAAAAAUGUUUGAAAGAUAAUGCUUGUGAAAGGAGUAGCAUUAGCGAAUUAAUGUAAACAAAAUUCAUUUAAUAAGAUAAAAGUAUAAUUUAUAUUAUUAUUAAUAAUUUUUAUAAAAAAAUAAUCUAUAGAUUCAAAUGA